AAGGAAGAGUUACAAUUCUUCUCCAAUUUCAUGAAUGAGCUCUGGCCUGCGGUAGGAAGAGAAGUGCUUUCUGCCUUUGACCUGUCCCAGUUCCCACUCAUUUGCGAUCUGGGUGGAAACUUUGAUGGCUUAGCUAAGGAAUUAAUUUCACUCUACCCAAAAUGUACUGUGACCAUUUUUGACCUCCCUGGAGUAGUGGAAGCCUCCAAGAACCAUUGUUUGUCUUCAGAAGAGACCCGAAUCACUUUCCAUGCAGGUGAUUUUUUUAAAGAUCCAUUUCCUGAAGCGGACCUGUACAUUUUGGCCAGGAUUCUGCAUGACUGGUCAGACGAGAGAUGUUCGCAGCUGUUACAUAAAGUGUACCAGGCCUGCAAACCUGGUGGUGGUGUCUUAAUAGUGGAAAUGCUUCUUGAUGAAGACAGAAGAGGGCCUUUAGCAGCGCACAUCUACUCCUUGUUAAUGUUGCUCUACCUUGAAGGAAAAGAACGGUCAACAACUGAGUUUAAUGUGCUUCUCCGCAAGGCUGGUUUCCAAGAAGUUGAGUUAAAGAAAGGAAGCCUCUUUCAUAUUAUUCUAGGAAGAAAAUAAUGUUGCCCCUGUUGAAUGUUAACAAGGAAAUUU